AUGUACGACGCUCGUUGGGUGACGCUGUUCGUUUUUUCCAUCAUCCUGUUCGCUUGCAAAACCAGUGUUCAAUGCGCUCAGCCAAAUGACGGACGAUGGAUGUCAGUUGCUGCCGCGAAACGUUCCUCCGUACGACAGUCACGGAAAACAAAAUCCAGCUAUGAAACUUGGACAAAGGAAUGGUCAGAUAAAGCGGGCGCCAAAGCGGAGGAUGCGGUAGGCGAAAAAUGCCAUGAAUUGCGACUGACCGUGGAAGGCUCGUUGGCGACACCGAUCCAACCGGAAGAGAGCCAUUACUGGAUUGAAACGCUGGUGUUUGCCGAUCAUACGGUGCGUGGACGUUUCGCCUCAUUGGAUGAAGCACAGGAUUAUGUGAUCACUCUGAUGCGUAUGGUGAGUACAGUCGUUGAGGAGUGA